AUGUACUUCACAGUUUUAAACAGCCUUGUAUCAGCUGGUUUAUGUACCAAAUUGGCAACCAUACCCCCUCACUUUGUUAGUGAGCUUCCAUACAUAUACGUAAUUACGCCUACUUACGCAAGAUCGGUACAGAAAGCAGAACUCACACGUAUUGCCAAUACUUUUUCUCACAUCAAAAACCUGCACUGGAUUGUGGUAGAAGACUCUGAUGAAAGAACUAAUUUGACAACACAUUUUCUAUUUCAUUGUGGUAUAAAUUAUACACAUUUGCAUAUUCGGUCGAUAGAACAUAAACGUCGAGGAGUUGAACAGAGAAAUAUUGGGUUAGCAUGGUUACGACACAAUCGCGAGCCUAAUGUAUCAAGAGGAGUUGUUUACUUUGCGGAUGACGACAAUACAUACUCAAUUGAGAUAUUUGAAGAGAUGAGAUAUACUAAAAAAGUAUCCAUAUGGCCAGUCGGUCUUACUUUUGAGGCACGCUAUGAAACUCCUAUAAUUGGUCCUGAUAACAAGGUCAAAUCUUGGCAUGCCUGGCAUUCCACUGAAAGAAAGUUUGCUACUGACAUGGCGGGGUUUGCUAUUAAUCUGAACCUACUGUUGAAUAACCCACAUGUGUGGUUUGAUAACACAACGCGAGAUGGAUUUUUAGAAUCGUCACUACUUUCGCAGUUGGUAGAACUGAAUGAUUUGGAACCAAAGGCUGACAACUGCACAAAGGUACUGGUUUGGCACACAAAAACUAUCACCCCAGUUUUUAGUGAAGACAAGACAUGGAAUUUAGAGAUUUAA